CUGCGACAAGAAGUUGUGGUCUGUAUGAGAAGGGAUACCGCCCUGGAAACAGCACUGAAUGCCAAGGCAUAUAAGCGUAGCAAACGGCAAUCCCUGCGGGAAGCUCGCAUCACUGAGAAGUUAGAAAAACAGCAGAAGAUUGAACAAGAAAGAAAACGCCGGCAAAAACAUCAGGAGUACCUCAACAGCAUUCUCCAGCAUGCCAAGGAUUUCAAAGAAUACCAUCGAUCAGUCACCGGCAAGAUUCAGAAGCUGACAAAGGCGGUGGCCACUUAUCACGCGAAUACGGAGCGUGAACAAAAGAAGGAGAACGAGAGAAUUGAGAAGGAGAGAAUGCGCCGGUUGAUGGCUGAGGAUGAAGAAGGGUACCGAAAGCUUAUUGAUCAAAAAAAAGAUAAACGCUUAGCCUACCUACUUCAGCAGACGGAUGAAUAUGUGGCCAACCUCACAGAACUGGUGAGACAGCACAAGGCUGCACAGGUGGCAAAGGAGAAGAAGAAGAAGAAGAAAAAGAAGGUAAAUGAGUUAAAUCAACCUGUUCGGAUCAGUGAAAUCACUCAGAAGGCAAGCCCCGUCUUGCAGGCCCGCAUCGCUCAUAGAAUCCAAGAACUUGAAAAUCUUCCUGGGUCUCUGGCUGGAGACCUGCGCACCAAAGCAACCAUUGAACUUAAAGCCCUGCGGCUGCUAAAUUUCCAGAGGCAGGUCGGUUACCCUUCUCCACUCGGUGGUUCCGAGCAUGCCUCAAGUCCAGUUCCAGCUAAUGGCCCUUCUUCUGGCCCCCAGAUGCCAUCUGGCCCUGGUGGAGUCCCAUUAGAUGGUACUGACCCCCAAGCAUUGGGGCAGCAGAAUCGAGGCCCGACUCCUUUUAAUCAGAAUCAGCUGCAUCAAUUGAGGGCUCAGAUCAUGGCCUACAAGAUGCUUGCCAGAGGGCAGCCACUGCCCGACCAUCUUCACAUGGCUGUGCAGGGGAAAAGGCCAAUGCCUGGAAUGCAGCAGCAAAUGCCAACUCUACCUCCACCUUCUGUAUCUGGAACAGGACCAGUGCAAGGACCAGGGCCUGCACCUGGCCCAACACCUCCGAACUACAACAGACCUCAUGGUAUGGGAGGGCCUAAUAUGCCCCCUCCUGGACCCUCAGGAGUUCCUCCAGGAAUGCCUGGUCAGCCCCCUGGUGGACCACCCAAGCCCUGGCCGGAAGCUAAAGAAAUCAUAGUAAGAGUUAUCCCUAGAUCUCUUUAUAUUUAUCAAGCUGUGUUACUAUUGCAGUUAACUCUCUAUGCUUUGAUAGCCCUGUACAAUGCUGCUUGA